UUCAUUUCAUUUUAUUCCAAGACAUUAAUCAUCAUCACCAUCCCCAACCAUAUUAUCUGACAUUAAAUACUACAAAUGGGUUGUACGAUGUCGUUUCUAAAACACGCCGGCGGCGGCGAACACCCAGAUGACACACUAGUGUCGGUGUGUCGUGAAAGAAAGAAACUAAUGAAUUCCGCCGUGGAACGGAGGUACAUUCUUGCUGGAGCACACUGUAAGUAUAAUCAGUCCUUAUACGCCGUCGCAAUCGCAUUAAGACUGUUUGUUUCACGUCAUUCCAUUAAUGCUUCUGAUAAUUUCUUGCUUACUUACCCUGCACCCUCACCUUAUCCUACGGUGGACCCUCACCACACCCAAUCAAAACCACCACCCACAUUGAAGGCUGAUGAUGACGUGGAAGGUAAUGAUAAUGAUGAUGAUGAGGAGGAGAGUAUUGUUUGUGAGCAUUUUUAUGAUGAGGGUGAGGUGGGUCCCACCACUCAUACUACUGUGAUGACGUCAGCAAAUGAGUGUGAUUUUAUGGGGUGGGAUUUUUUUAGUGAUAAUAUGGUGGUGGUGAAUAAUAGUGAAGUGGGUGAUGUGAAGAAGGGUAAAGAGGUGGGUUAUGCUAAAAUGAGCCAGGGGGUGAAGGAUAAUAAUAAUAAUAGUUGUAGAAUGGAAGAUGAAGAAGAAGAGAAAAGAGGAUUAUUGGAGGCACUAAAACAAGUGGAAGAUUGUUUUCUAAAAGCUUAUAAUUGUGGUCUUGAUUUUUCUAAGUUGCUUGAAUUCAACAAUCUUGGCCCACUUGAUCAUCUUGACACUAAAGAAACCUCCCAGAGGUUAAUCCCAUCGAUUGCAUGGCAUAAAUCAAGUAUAACCAGAUCACCAUCAUGUAGAAGUCUACUCUCAAGCAGUUCAAGGAGUUCAUCAACAUGGACUGCAUUCAAUAGCAACUGUGAUCUCUUUGAUGAGACUGGAGGCAUGGAAUCCGGGAGCCAUUUGUCCACUUUAGGAAGGUUAUAUGCUUGGGAAAAGAAGCUAUGCGACGAAGUUAAGGCUGGUAAUGAAAUGAAGAAGUUGUAUGAUCGAAAAUCUUUGCAAUUAAGCAAAGAGAAGGCUACCCACAAGCUAGAGAUAGAAGAUCAUGUCAAUGAUUUAUAUUCAAGAAUUUUGGUCAGCAUGAAGAUAUGCGAUUCGAUCUCUAAACGAAUAGAGAAAGUGAGAGAUGAUGAACUUCAGCCUCAAAUCAUCGAGUUGCUUCGUGGGCUAACAAAAACAUGGAAAGUCAUGUUGGAAUUGCAUAAAACACAAAGCCGGACAAUGUUUGAAGUUAAAUCAUUCUCGUGUACAUCACUUACAAACAACAAAUCCAGUCAUCUUGCGACUCUUCAACUCGAGGCUGAAAUUCAAAACUGGCAGACGUGUUUUUCAAACUACAUUUCUUCCAUGGAAGCAUACGUUGAAGAUUUGACAGAAUGGGCAUACAGAACAAUAUCUCCAGAGCAAGAACUCAACACCCCGCCUCUUGUUUUCACCGUUUGUCGUGAUUGGUUGGCUGUUACCAAGAAUUUGCCAGAUAAAGCAGUUACAUAUGCCAUGAAGAGGUUUGCAAAAGACCUCAGAACCCUUUGGGCCCAGCAAGAUAUCGAACAGCAACAGAAGCGCAAGGUUGACAAACUCGUUACUGAGUUAGAUAAGCGAGUAUUUUGUUUUGAGAGGGAGGAAGGAAGUAUAGUUAAGUGGAAGUCAUUGAAUCUGAAGAAUAAAGUGGACAUUUGGGCUGAGAAAAAAGGUCAAAUGGACAGUUUUAAGGCAAUGGUCGAAACUGAAAAGGCUAAACACAAGGAAUGUGUUGAAGAAACUCGUCGGGUCAUAUUGGUAGGAUUUCAGACCGGGUUUUCUUCAGUUUUUGAUUCGUUAACGGAGUUUUCUGAGGUUUGUGUGAGGAAGUAUAAUGAUGUUGCACAUAAUGCUAUAUCUCGAUUGAAUUAUGUUCAUAGAUUUUAAGCUUGUGGACUUUAGUUCCGGAAACUUUUCAUUUUAUCUGGUUAAAUUAUAUGCAGAUAUUUCA